AUGUCUGAAUUACGACAGUCUUUAGAACAAUAUCAAGGAACAGUUUCUCCAUCAGCAACAUUUAAUGCCGAAGCUGACUGUCAUGCACUUAGUCAGGCUAUGAAAGGAGCAGGUACAAACGAACGUGCUCUCAUCGAUAUUAUUGCCAAUCGCUCAAAUGCACAACGUCAACAAAUAAAACUUCAAUAUAAAACAAUGUUUGGUGUCGAUUUAGUCAAACAAAUUGGUGGUGAAUUAAGUGGUCAUUUUAAAGAAACUAUGACUGCUCUAUUUGAUGCACCUGCAAGUUAUGAAGCAUGGUCAUUACAUCAAGCUCUUAGCAAUGGAAAAGAAGGAACUUUACGCGAAAUUUUGCUUACAAGAGCUAAUGCUGAAAUUCGUGCCAUUGUUGAUGCAUACAAACGAAUGUAUAACAAAGAUCUCGAACAUGAAAUUAGUCAUCGUGUACGGGGAAAGGACUUUAAACGUAUGCUUGUUUCUGCUGUACAGGCUAAUCGUGAAGAAUUAAGUCCACAACAAAUUCAACAAGCUCGUCAAAGUGGUAUUGAAAGUGUGAUUGAUCGUAAUCGUGCUCGUCAAGAUGCCGCUGAUUUAUAUAAAGCUGGUGCUGGUAAAAUGGGUACAGAUGAAAAAACAUUCAAUGCAAUAUUUGCUCGACGUAGUUAUUAUCAACUUCGUGCUACAUUUGAAGAAUAUCAAAGAAAACAUGGAAAAGAUAUUGCACAAGUAGUACGAUCAGAAUUUUCUGGUGAUGCUGAAGAUGCUUAUCUUGUUUUAAUAACAUGUAUACGUGAUCGACCAUCAUUUUUUGCUGAACGUUUACAUAAAGCAAUUACUGGUUUAGGUACAAGAGAUUCAACACUUAUUCGUGUUAUUGUUUCACGUUCAGAAAUUGAUCUUGCACAAAUUAAGCAACGAUAUCAACAAAUGUAUCAUCGUUCAUUAGCUCAAGAUGUCGGAGGUGAUACAUCAGGAGAUUAUAAACGAAUCCUUUUAGCAAUUGUGAAAUGA